CCUAUGACAAUAUUGGUCUAACUUGUUUAUCCUACAAUGUACGCACAUUGUUCACGAACUCUGAGUAUGUUAAAGAAUACUGUAAUAAGAGUGCAAGUGAUCAUGUGCAUGCUUAUUCAUGCCUCAUUGCCCACCAGUGCAGCAGUCCCUCUUCCUCCGUAGUCCGCGCUCCACGUUAGAACCCGACAGCCCGCCAAACCUUGAGUUGGUCCUGCAGCAUCUCCGCUCUCCCUGUUCUGGAAGAGGUGACGACGGAUACUCCCUGACGUUUCUCUUCAUAAACACUAAGGUCAUCUCGCCUCUCAGCAUGGUGCCUUCACGCGGCCGCAUGCAACUGGCCCUCGCCCUCGUCCUCGUCCUGGCUAUGCUUUCCCCAGCAGAAGGAGGGUGUCGACGAAGCAGCGAGAUCGAAUGUCGGAGUGGCGGGCAGUGUAUUUCAAGAAACAAUAUUUGUAACAAUGCACGAGAUUGUUCGGACGGUUCGGACGAGGACAUUAGACUGUGUAAGCUAUGGCCGCCGAUGAGUGACCACUGCCGUCAUAAUCCUGCCAGUACCUUCUAUUAUGUUGGAGGGUGUCAGACAGCAUAUUACUUGUGUCAGAACAGCGGACAAAGCAGUGACAUAGACUCCAGAAUUUGUAAGAUCAUUCUUCAAGCAAAACUGGAUAUGAAGGAGCUGGAUGGUAUGAACAUGAGCAGUGGGGUGAUCUCCUUGCUGAACUCAGCUGUUAAUUCCACCUUGAAUCACAAGAUGCAAGACUGUCCCAUGCUGUACGUCCCCAUCGGAAAUGAUUGUGUCUCAAUCUUCUCACCAGCCAAGAUACCGUGGGCAGAGGCUCGACAGUUUUGUCUUAGCAUCUACGGUGACCUGUGGCAUGCAAAGGAUUUUGAAAGUUAUGGCCGCCUAAUGGAGUACAUGAGAGAAGCAAAAUUGACCUCUAAUUACUGGAUUGGUGGACGCUACGAUAUUGCUACGAAUGCAUGGUCAUGGACGACAGACGACUCUGCCAUGCCCCUUGGCGCUCCAUUCUGGUCGAUGAAGUAUGAGAGCUCCUGCGUGCCAAGGGGGCCUCCACACACCGACCCAUACUCCGCUCCGCCCGCAGCUCUACCUGGGGCUCCCUGUUAUCAAGCCGUCUUAUCUCCAAAACAAAGAUCUCCGGGCUGGUGUUCUGCAAUGACAUACGAACACUUCUAUUACUGGUCUGACGAGAUGUGUGAUGGAGCCUUCAGCCCACUGUGCAUCUUCACUGGACCCGCUGUCGCCCGCAAUGAGAAUGAAUCCCAUUAGAAAGGGACUAAUUUCCUCACAGCAAUGUCAUCAUCCACAGCCUACUGACAAGCUUAUUAUAUUCUUGAUCUUCUCCUCUUCGCAACACAAGUAAAAUUGAGCAGCAAAGAGUACUUUGCUACAACCAUGAUCAAGAGAAACAGAUCUUGGUCGCAACGGUUAUUGGAACUAGGAUCGGGAAGCAGUUGCUUUGCCUUGACCUAUCUGAGCGGCGGCUUUGCGGACAGUGACAUCGUGGCAUAUUCAUUGUAAAGUUAAUGCAACUAUUGGGUGGAGUGUGCUUUUCACUCGCUGUUAGUGAAGAGGUAAAGGAAGUAUUUUGUGAAGCUGUUUUCAAGAUACUGAAAUUUGUAUUGAAUAAAAGGCAUUGACAAGUACUGUGUGAAAUGCUCUCAUUGAGGUAAGCUGUCACUCAUGCAUGGUCUAGCGAUAGACGUUUCAGUGUAAUUUAUCUUUGCUCACCUUUUGUUAUUACCGUUUUGUCCGGCGUCAUUAGAGUUGGCAGUGACUGACGGACUCAAACAUUUCGGUGUAAAUUAUUACCCAUAGAAAUGAAGCUGCAAUUCCUAAAUGUCCAUACUACAUCAAUGCACUUUGAAACGGUUAUUUGGGAAAUAUAUAUCAAAGAACAACGGUACAACCAAACCACCGGUAAAACAAGAAUGAAACGUAAUAAUUUCUAGAAACAUAUUGCAUUCUGCUUUAACGGCUUCUGUAGCUCAGGUGUUACUGAACUUGCGCAGAGUAGAUGUUUUGAACUCCGAAGAGCUGCCACUUGUGUUUGUGGAGUCUGGGAUGUAUCUAGCUAAUGCAUGAUAUAACGAUGAAGCUAAAUAAAAGCUUUCUAGAAUUAAAGAUUACGUCAGCAAACGAA